CGCGGUCCGCGUUCGGCGUAAGACGGCUCCGUUUUGGAUUACGUGCUUGCCCGCCGUUCGGUUGCCGGUCACCAGUGUUGCUUUUAAACCGGAGCUCGACUUCGAUGCAAAGCUGGAGAAAAGUAGGUACAACACAACUGAGGAAGCCUACAAGCACAUGGACUCCUCCGUCUCUAGCAUCACUGCUCUUAGCCUGGCCGCAACAGCACGACUUGGUCGUGAUGCAGUUUGCAGCCGAACGCUAUUGUUUAAAGCACUCCGAAUGUUACCGAGCACGUAGAACAAUCUCUUCGCGCAACAUAUUUCACUUAACCCAAGAGCUCUUCAUUGGAUGGAGGUAAACACGGAAUACCACCCACUUUGUGAUGACUGAAGCAGACGCUUUCGACGCGUCCACCGAGGACCCACCUCCCGGCCACGAUGCAGCAGACAAUGUUACUGCCCUCCUAAACAACGUCACCGACGCCGUGGCUACUGACGAAAUGAUGGGCCCUCGCUACCACAAGCGGGUCCGCAUAGUCAUCAUCGUCACCAUGAUCAUCCUGUCGGUGGUCGGCAACAGCGUCGUCUGCUGCAAUCUCCUCGUGCAGCAGCGUCGCCGGCGAGUGUCCAAGGCGCGGGUGCUCUUCCUGAACCUGGCCAUAGCGGACCUUCUAGUGGCCUGCAUCACGAUGAUGUCGCAAGUGGUGUGGGAAGUGAUGGGCCGACUGUGGAUCGCGGGCGACGCCUUCUGCCGCUUCUUCAAGUUUCUGCAGACGUUCGCGCUCGUCUCGUCCACCUACAUGCUUGUGGCCAUCGCUAUAGACAGGUACAUCGCCAUCGCCACACCGCUUGCACCUAGCACGGAUCCGUGGAAGCUAGCUGCCCUGACGUGGUUGACUUCGUGCAUGCCGUCACUGCCGAACGUCUACGUUUUCCACAGCGUCGAAGUAGCGCCCGGCAAGUGCUUUUGUGCGUCAAUCUUCUACGACCCUGACACGCCGCUCUACCACCGCCAGAUAUACAUGGGGUUUGUGUUCUUCACGGUGUUCGUCGUGCCACUGGUGCUCCUGAUUGCGUUCCACGCUGGAAUCCUGUGGGCCAUUUGGAAGCACACUGCGAUCAACCGGCAUAUGGGCCGGCAAACCACUUCCUCGCUACCUCGAGCUAAGGUGAAGACGUUGAAAAUGACGGCCGUGGUGUUCGGCGCCUUCCUGGUGACCAACGUGCCGUACAUGGUGCAAGAGGCCAUCCUGGCCUUCGGAAACCCGGGCAUCCUGGACGCCAACCUCGUAGCUCUCUUCGGCGUGAUAUCGGCUUCCAACAGUGCCAUCAACCCGUACAUCUUCCUUUAUUUCCAGCGGCCACACGGAGACAUUGAGAACGGCGGUGGCUUUUGGCGGACCGCGGCUUGCAUGGUCCGCGACUCGCUCACAUGUCGCCUGCUAACCCGGUCCCGCGCGGGCUCUCAGAUGUCCACCGAUCCGGAGGACAAUUGCCCCCCGAUGCGCCAGUCGAAGAUGUCCGUGGCGAGAACCGGCAACCGCGCGGCUACAGACACUCCGCCGAACAUGAAGAGCCGCGCCACGUGCUGAAGGUGGUUGCCGUACAACGCUGUUUUCCUGUGUCGGUGUUCUAGAGAACUGUGUUUGCCCCAUGGUUAGCGUUCAAUUGAAGCA